AUGGUUGGUGGUGAAACACAAUUACUUUCACUUCGAAUAUCAAUUCUUUAUUUUCUUCAAUCUGCUAAUAAACAUACGUUAGGUCAUUUAUUAACAACUGGUAUUUUAAGUAAAGAUAUUGUUUCAUCUUGGUGUUCUUUUAUUGCACUUUCACAUUUAAUUGCUGAUAGUCAAGAAUCUAAAGAAACAAUACUCCAAGUUAAGUUGCCGGUUGAUCAAACACCAACAGAUGCUGAAACAUUAAUGGAAAUAUCAUUUGAUUUAUUAACAAAUGCUUCAUCUUUAUGUCAUACUCGUAUUGCUAUACUGAUUUUUAUAUGUACAUGGUUAUUAAAUAAUUCAUUAGCAGUACAAACAUUUCUCUCAAUUGACAAUACCAUUUCAUAUCUUAUUUCACAAAUACGUACUCAAGCAAUUGCAAAUGAUCUUGAAAUUCUUAUUCAAUCAUUAUGUUCAUUUACAUUAGAAAUAUUUGCACAAUCUAAAUAUUAUUGUAAUGCUCAACAACAAAUACAUUUAACAAUAUCAGAAGCUGAUGAAUUAUUAAUUGAUCAUAAUUUUGCACAAUUAUUUAUUUAG